AUGACAUAUUUAGCAAAUGGUUAUUCAAUUGACUUUAUCGAUAAACAUAUUCAACAUUUUUUAACAUUUUUCGAUGCAAAAUCACUUCAACAAUUACCUCUUGAUCAACAUGUCUAUAAAAAGAUUCGCCAUCGUCUAUUUAAUUUUAUGAGAGAACAACGACAAUAUAAAGAAAAAAAACAAGAAUCAUUCAAGAAAAAUCGACGUUUUCAUUUAUCUUAUAUCUAUGAUAAUGUUGGUCCUAAAGGUAGAUUCAAUAAGAAAUUACGUGAAAUUCUAUCAAAACAUAUUCAACUUCAAAAUACAACCUUCGAAAACAAUAAAUUACAACUUGAUAUUACAACAAAAAGUCAACAUUCAUUAAUUUCAUUGCUUAGUGGACAACGUCCUUCACAUCCAAUAUUGAACUUGAAAUAA